AUGUGGAUGAAGGAAUCAGAAGACCCUGCCUAUGUAUAUAAUUAUAGUGCCACAGACGAUGAUAUGUCAUCCUCAUACGAAUAUUCUUCAAAUUGGAGCCAAAGUGCCUCGAACUAUUCAGCAAAUACAGCAACUACCCAAUCUUCUCUCACUUCAAAAGAAUCCGAGCAGGUUGAUCAAUUCUUAUCAUCACUCUAUGGAUCCGAUUAUGAAAAUAUUAUUAGUGAUGACUCGAGUUGGAAUUCAAGGCAAACGUCUGACCAAUUUAAAAACGUGGCCAAUAUGUCGUUAGCAGAGCUUAAUGAUGCCCUAAACAUCAUGUUGCCUUAUGAAUCACCAAACAAAACUACUUCAUCAGAGAAUAGUAGUGGCAAAAUUUCUUCUUCCCAUUCACCAACUUUGAAACCUUCAACCAGAAAGACUUCAAAUAAUUCAAUCUUUCAUGCCCUCUAUGAGAAUAGUAAUGACUGUUUUAGUGGAGCAAAAUCUUGUAUUGAUCUCUCGUCGACGAGUGGCAGUAACAAGGAGAAUACCUAUGCAACUAGCCCUUUGUCCAGUAACAGAUCAUCUCUAUGUUUAUCGCCAUGUUCUACCAGUAGCUCUCUAACAAAGGUUAGAGAAUUCAAUCUCCAAACCGAGAAGAGAUCCAGAAUUAUUAAUAAUGAUAUUGUGAAAAAAGAGGAGAAAGAAUGUACUUUUCGACCAAAAAUCAAUUCAACCUCGUCAAGCAUUGUACAGUGUGACAAGUUUCACGACAGAUUAGUAAAAUGGCAAGAGAAAAAACGAAAAGAAACUGAGAGAAAGAGAGAGGAAUUACUUCAGGAAGAAAAUACUCAAUGUACAUUUAAACCAAAAGUAUUUUCAGUAUCCUCAAAUACAGAAUCAGAUGCGUGUAUCAAGCUAUUCAACAGUGCAACAAAGUUGGUCGAGAAAAAGAAGCACAAUAUUAAAAAGUUGGAACAAGAAGAAAUGAAAGAAUGUUCCUUCAAGCCAUCCAUAUCAGGAGAUCCUUCAGUACAAUCAAGGUAUUUGGAUCAAUCAAAGAAAUCAACAUCUACUGUGGAGGAUGAAGAAUGUACCUUCCAGCCAAACAUUAGAAAGUCCAUUGGAGGACAAAACUCUUCCUAUCUUAAGAGUAAUCCCUUUGAAAGAUUGAGUAAGGUAAAUAGAUCUAGAAUGGAAUUUGAUGAAAAAGAUUCAUUGUUGGAUGAAUUGACUGAUUUGGAAUCAGUCGAUUCAUCAAAUCAAUCAAGUUGGCAGUCUUCUAGACCAAGUUCUGCACCAUCCUCAAGGGGAGGAAGAGCUUACCAGGCAUCUGUUGAGGAAACUAGUAGAAAAACCUUUAAGGAUUUCAUAGACAGGCAACAAAACACAAUGAAAAGGAAGGAGCAAAAGAUAAAUUUCAUUAAGAGCAAUAUGGAACACUCACACAAGCCUUCAAUCAACAAAACUAGUAUUGAUUUGGCGAAAAAUAGAAGUAAGACACCUUUUGAAGAACGGGUAAAGAAUGAAAUUAACAGAAAGAAACUAAAUGAAAGGCAACAAUCCGCACUUGCUGAGAAAAAUUGUACAUUCCAGCCCCAAAUUAACAAAACCUCAAAACAGCUACCCUCGAGAGGGGUGGAAGAGUUGAGUAAGGGAGAUUUGAACCUGAAACAAAAGAAAAUAGAACAAACAAAGAAGGUUCUUGAGAGAAGUGAGUUUAAAGACGUAACAUUCAAACCAAAAACCAACAAUGGUACUAAAGCCAAGUCAAUUCUCAAAUUAUCGACUGAACCAGAAACCUAUAUUGAAAGAAUUACUCAAUAUAAGGAACGAAAUGAAUACAAGAAGAAAAUGAUGCUGCUUUCAAAGGAACAAAAAGAGCUCGAAGAGUGUACCUUCAAGCCACAAAUUCACGAUGCACCAGUUUAUGUUAAAGAGAUUGCUAAAUCGAUGGCAUUUGCAAGACAAUUAGAGAAUCAAGAAAUACAAAUUAAAUGGCGUUAG